CGACGCAAGCUGCUCGAGUUGGUAAUCUCGAAAGUCCUACAACGAGGUUCUUCGGGCGAUUCCUUCGAUUUCUCUGCUGUUGAUUUGGACACCAUCAGCGUCGAUUACGUUCUUGAGUGUGUUCAAUCUGGUGGAGGGUUUGAUCCCUUGGAGGCAUCGAAGAAGUAUUAUGAAGAGUGGGAUUUUCCAAUUAUGAUGAAUUCAUCAUCUGGAAAUUCUUUCUUUCUUCAUUCAAAACCAGAGUUGUCUGGAUCUCCUCCUCGAAGGGCUCCCCCUCAGAUUGGGGUCCCAGAAACAUUUAAUCACUCAUGCAGAACAGAACGAACAUCAGAUUUAGCUGACAGAGAGAUAGGAAAAUCUGGAAUUGAAAUUGUUAAUGGAGAUUUUGGUGCAAUUAUUGAACCUCGUCAACUAGUUAAAGAUGUGAAUAUACUCUCUUUAGGCUUACCAGCCUUGAGAACAGGGUUAUCUGAUGAUGAUAUGCGAGAAACAGCCUAUGAGGUGCUUCUUGGUUCUUUGAUACUCUCUGGAAGGGUUCUGAUACCUCGCUUUGAAGAGAAAAAGAAAGAAAAGAAGUCCAGAUUAACUGUGGGCAUAAGGUCUAAGAAAGAUGACUCAAGUUCACGUGAACAGUCUGAAGAUGAUCAUUCUGACCUGCUAGAUGUCAUCCGUGGGCAAAUGGAGAUUUCCGAAACAAUGGACGCAUGUAUCAAGCAUGGUUUGAGGCUCUUCUGUGCAAAUAUCAGGAAUGGCCGGACCGAUGUCCCUCAAAUAGCACUGGAGCUGUUAGAUUCCAUUUGCAAGUCCCAUUUUCCUAACCAAAGGUCAUACACACAUUGGCUAAAGAGACAGGCAAAUAUUCUUGAAGAACUACUUUCUGGCUCUGAUACAUUUGUUGCUGAUGAACAUACGGUGCUAUCCUCACUUCUCGCACAACUCAAAAAUGUGGAGGAAUGGGAAAGCAUUUGUCCUGAUGAGCAUGCUGAGAUUCUAUCAUGUGUGAAAGGAUUUGCUUCACGUCUUUCAAGCAGUCCUCCGAAAUUUGGAAUUCCAAAUGAAUGUUAUUAUUGGACGCAUAGUUACCACUUCAACAUAAAGCUAUAUGAAAAAUUACUUAACAUUGUUUUUGAUGUUCUAGAAGAUGGUCAGAUAGUCGAGGAAGCAGAAGAUAUUCUCAAGAUCCUUCAAUUGACUUGGCCGGUAUUGGGUGUUACUCAGAAGAUGCACAAUGCUUUAUACGGUUGGUUGCUUUUCCAGAAGUUUGUUUUGACAGGUGAACAUGCGUUGUUAAAAUAUGCUGUAUUCAAGGUGCAGAAAAUUUUAUCAAAUAAAGAUGAUGGUGGAAGUGAAGAAGCUUACAUUAACAGUCUGAUUUGUUCAAUUGAAGUCUGUGGUAGUAGUAGGAAUCUGAAGUUGGUGGAUUCUGUUCUCCUCAAUAUCUUUGCAUGGUGCAGUUUUCAACUGGAAGAUUAUCAUCUACAUUUUGAUCAGGACAGAUUUCAUACUCUUGAAAGAGUCCUGACAAUGGCCAUACUUACUGGAUCAAGUUUUCUGGAUGAAUAUGGAGAAAACCAGUUCUUUGAAUCAAUGGCGGAAGCUCAAGUACCUUUUAAGUUAGUUCACAUAUUUACUGAAAGAUCUAUUCAAGCGGCAUAUAAGCGGGUCCUUAAUUCCGUGGAUGCUCCAUCAGAAAAAAAAGAGAAGCAUCCAUUGAUCAAGCUUGCCAAUGAAUUGAAAAUUAUUGCUGAGAAGGAGUUCACUUCAUUUACCCGAGUAUUAGGCCAACAAUAUCCAAAUGCUGGAGUUGUUUCUUCUUUACUGUUGCAUCAUCUUUAUGGGGAAAAACUGAAUCCUUUUCUGAAAGGAGUAUUGGAGCUUUCGGAGAAUGUACAAUCGGUUCUUGCAGCUUCUGAUAGUUUAGAGCUUUAUUUGGCUGAUGUACUCAAUUCUGUAUGUCAGAAGGACAUGAAAUCGCUUAUUGUCAGUUACUGGCAUCCGUAUCAGAUAAGAGAAGUUUGUGCACCACUUAUUCUUCAUUGGCUUAAUGCGCAACAUGAGAAUAUCUUGGAGUGGACAAAACGUGCUAUUCAGUUGGAGGAUUGGGAACCUCUGUCAUCUCAACAAAGACAAGCUGCAUCCAUAAUUGAAGUUUUUCGAAUCAUCGAGGAGGCCAUUGAUCAGUUCUUUGAUCUAAAUCUUCCUAUGGAUAUCAUACAAUUGCGCUCUUUACUCAUUGGGAUUUUUCGUUGCCUUGACGCAUAUUUGCUGCACAUUGUCAAUCAGCAAGUUGACAAGAGUACUUUAUAUCCUAGUCCUCCAGCCUUAACACGUUAUAAGGAAUCGCUGAAUCCAUUCACAAAGAAGAAGUCAGCUGAUGGCAUGAUUUUGGAGGGGGAAGCAAUUGAUCAGCUUAAUAAUUUGACAUUACCUAAACUCUGUGUCAAGCUUAACACUCUUUAUUACAUAAGGGAGCAACUAGAUGCACUAGAAGAUGACAUCCAGCAGUCAUGGAUAGCAUCCCAAUCAGUGAAACGGCAAUCUUUGAGAGAAGUUACUGGAGAAGCAUAUUCAUUCAGUGAAUCUAUCGAUGAACUAUUUACUAUAUUCGAUGAUAUCAGAAGAAGUGCAAUCAAUGCAAGCAAUGUACUUGUAGACUUCACUGGAGUGAGGAUAAUAUUCUGGGAUAUGAGGGAUUCUUUCCUUUCUUCCUUGUAUCGAGGAAACGUAGGAAGUGCACGCAUGGAAAAGCUUGUCCCGGAGCUUGAUACAGUUCUUGAUGACAUUUGUGGUUUAGUAAUCGAUACACUCAGGGAUCAUGUUGUUUUAAGCAUCUGUCAGGCAUCAAUGAAUGGUUAUGUUUGGGUGUUGUUGGAUGGAGGCCCAUCUCGUGCAUUUUCCGAAACCGAUGUCACGAUGAUGCAGGAAGAUCUUAAUAUUCUCAAGGACUUUUUUGUUGCAGAUGGUCAGGGACUGCCGCUUUCUGAAGUUGAGAAGGCAUCAGGCUUACCUCAACAGAUUAUAGGCUUGUAUGGCAUGAAGUCUAGCACCAUAAUUGACAUGCUGAGAAAUGCAAGUAACCACAUUUCACAUAGUUCAAAUCCUAUAAGACCAGGAAAUAGAUCUGCAAGAGAUGCUGAUACUUUGCUUCGAGUUUUAUGUCAUAAGAAGGAUGAUGAUGCUUCUGAGUUUCUAAAAUUACACUACCAACUGCCCAAGUCUUCAGAUUAUGAUGAUUUUGGGGUAGCAGAACAAACGUCAACAUCACCACUUCUACCAGGUAUACUCAACAGAAAUGUUUCUAUCAACUGGUCAGAACAAGGCCAGAAAAGCUUCAGUAUGAUGCGGAAAAAAUUCCAGGAAGCCGCAUCUGAAGUCAUGCAGACAAAGAGCAAAAGCUAAUCAAUAUUAUUUACUGCUAUUUUAGUGAAGCAUUAAUGGUUUAGUGUCGUGGAAAUACGGAAACUGUAAAUGAAUAUUUUUUGUAAUUGUUUCACGCUAAUGCGCAACCAAUUUUGGUAUGAACUACGUUGCUAGUAGGCAAUCAGUCUUGCUAUUUACUCUUUAAUGGAAUGAAAUUUGUAGUA